AUGUCGCUGUUCAAGAAGUUCGAGCCCAAACCCGAUCUGGGUCCCGCUACAGCACUCAAGUCUUCGGUGCGCAGAGUGAUCCGCCAAAAGCUCACCGACCAAUAUCCAGCACUAGCCAAGGACGAGGGUGCGCUCCUGGAAGCAGCAUGGCCCAAUAAGGCCUCGGUGACCACGGUCAAGUUCGCAAGGGAGCAUGUACAGAUGCUUAUUUCCGACAAGCAGGUGCUCUUCUUUCAGCACUAUGACGAUUGGUACUUGCCGAGCUUGAAGCUGCUGCACAAAUUCCCUGAUAUGCUUCCAUCGGUACAGGUCGACCGCGGAGCCAUCAAGUUUGUGCUAUCUGGUGCCAAUGUUAUGUCGCCCGGAUUGACAAGCGCAGGUGGCAAGCUACCGGAUCCAUCAAAGGGAGAAGAGCCUGUCAAGAAGGGGCAGUGCGUUGCCAUCAGAGCACAGGGAAAAGACGAGAUUCUCGCCGUCGGUGUCAUGUCGAUGGACACGGAAGAAGUACGAAAAACCGGGAAGGGUAUUGCGAUAGAAAACAUUCAUUACCUUGGAGACGAUCUAUGGUUGACGCUGGCCAAAGGUGGCAUCUGA